ACUGAAUUUCCGGAUUUUUACGUGGAGUGUGAAUCAAGAAUCAUGAGAAAAUUACCAACAGUAUUGGUCACUACAUUAAUCAGCAUCGUUGAUAUGGCAACAAUAACCAUUUUAUUUUGCCAUGGAAACAAAUUUAAGCAUCAUCUACAACAAGGACUGCACCAUUUUUCAUUCCAAAGAUCUGUUUUUGAUUUGUUUGUAUUUGGAUUUUUACGAUUCUGUCUUACCAUGGGGCUUUCACUAUCUGUUUUCAGAUAUUCAUAUGAUUCUAUUUAUAGAAUAAGAAAAAUAAAAACUGUGAUAUUUAUAGCUUCUUUAGCAACAAGUAUAUAUACAAUUAUAAAACUCCUAAUACGAUCAGAAGUUCCAGGAACAUUGACAGAUAAGUGGUUUUGGUUGAUAUUUUCUUGGACACACAUAUCUUGUUUAUGGAUGUCUCUUCAUUGCUUAUUUUUAAGUAAAAUUUACAUAAACAUUGAGGUGAAUAACACGAGUAUAAACAAAGAAGAUGGAGAUGAAGUAGAAAGAGAACCUUUGAUUGGAUCCAGUGAUGAACAAAGUGACCAAUCACCAAAGACGACUGCCAAAGUUACUAUAUUUAGACUUUUUUCCCACUCAAAGCCAGACAUACCAUUUAUAAUCAUGGGAUUUAUAUUUUUGACCAUAUCAUCUACAGGACAGAUAUUUAUACCAUACUACACUGGGGAAGUUGUAGACAGUAUUGUUAUAGAAAAAUCUCAGAAGAAAUUUACCCAAUCAAUUAUAAUCAUGGCUAUCAUAUCAGUUAUAAGUUCUAUUACAGCUGGUUGUCGAGGUUGGUGUUUCAGUUUAGCUAUGGCACGUUUAGGAAUAAGAGUACGGAACAGAUUAUUUGGAUCUGUAAUAGAACAAGAAAUAGGCUUCUUUGAUAAAGUAAAAACAGGGGACAUAACCUCACGUUUGACCUCUGACACAACAGUGAUGACAGACACAGUAACCUUGAACAUGAAUAUAUUUACACGUAACCUGAUAUUAGGUGUUGGAAUCAUUGUGUUUAUGUUCAAGUUGUCAUGGAGACUAUCUUUGUUGACGUUGAUAGCGUUCCCCAUUGUGUUGGGUGUGUCUAAAGUGUAUGGGGAAUAUUAUAGAGAUCUGGCCUCCAAAGUUCAGGAUGCUUUAGCUGCAGCCAAUAAUGUUGCAGAAGAAGCUUUGUCCGCCAUCAGGACCGUCAGAAGUUUUGCUAAUGAAGACGGAGAGAAAGAUCGUUACAGAACAUCACUUGAUAAAGCCUACAAAAUAAACGUCAAACAAGCAAAUGUGUACGCUGGUUAUGUAUGGUGUACACAGCUUUUUGAACUUGGUUUGACUGUUGCAGUAUUAUACUAUGGAGGUCAUCUAGUACUGACAAAGACUUUAUCUGGCGGUAAUCUAGUGUCUUUCAUACUGUAUCAAAUGCAGCUAGGAAAUUGUAUAGAUGAAAUUGGUGAAGUAUUCACUGGAUUGAUGCAGGCAGCAGGAGCAUCAGAAAAAGUGUUUGAAUACAUUGACAGAGAACCAGUUGUAAAAAAUACAGUCAAGGACAGAAUGGAUACAGAGUCUGUGAUUGGUCAGAGUGAAGAUGAAUCAGACAAGAUUUCUGGUCUGAUAGAAUUCAAGAAUGUUACAUUUGCAUAUCCUUCAAGACCAGACACUACUGUGCUUAAGAAUGUGUCGUUCACGGUCCAGCCAGGGGAGGUUGUAGCCUUAGUGGGACCGAGUGGAGGAGGUAAAUCAUCGUGUAUUAAUCUACUAGAACAUUAUUAUGAACCAAUCACAGGACAGAUCUUACUGGACCAGAAACCAGUACAGGAAUAUGAUCACAAAUUCUUACAUACCAAGAUAUCCUUAGUUGGACAGGAACCUGUAUUGUAUGCAAGGUCAAUCAAGGAUAACAUAGGGUAUGGAUUAAGUUCAGAUAUUACCAUAGAAACAGUGCAACAUGCUGCUGGUAUGGCUAAUGCCCAUGCAUUUAUUAUGGAAAUGGAGAAACAAUAUGAAACAGAGGCUGGAGAAAAAGGACAACAGUUAUCUGGAGGACAGAAACAAAGAAUUGCUAUUGCCAGAGCCUUAAUCAGAAAGCCAGUGGUCCUAUUACUAGAUGAAGCUACCAGUGCUUUAGAUUCUGAAUCAGAACACCUUGUUCAACAAGCUAUCUACAAAAACCUGAAGGGAAGGUCAGUAAUCAUUAUAGCUCAUCGACUCAGCACUGUAGAGAAAGCUGACCGAAUCAUUGUUAUAGAUAAAGGCUGUGUUAUCGAGGAGGGUUCACACUCAGAACUACUAAAAAAUAAUGGCAAAUAUGCUAGUCUGGUCCAACGACAACUAUUACAAACUGAGGAAGAAGUAGAAGACAGAGUUAUCUCCCAUGAUAAUGAUAGACUUGGCGUAGGAAUUGCCAAGAGAGAUAUAGGAUUACAUUUUAGGUCUACAUGUCUAAUCACAUCUUCUAGCUGGCACUGAUAAUUCAAGUCAAACUUUUAACUGUCUAUCAUUUACAAGAAUUGAAAAAUUACAUUUGAGUUUUUGGAACUUUUUAAGUUAAGGUACAAAAUUAUUCUUUACUGUAAAUUUGGAAAUUAUUGCAAUUUUGUCAUUUUAGACUAAAAUGAAAUUUUAUUUUUUGCAAUAUUGAGAAACAUCUCUGUUGUAUAUAACCAUGACACAUUUUUCAAAAAUGAAAACAUAGCAAUAGUUUCUGAAUUUACAGUAUUUGUUUUAAAAUUAAAAAAGAAUGUCUUUUUGUGCACAAUAUCAACUUUAGGUAAUUUUGGUUUAGAGAAACUGUUUUGGCCACCAACAAUUUCUAUCAGUUUUACAGUGUGAGGGUGUACAUGCACUGUCAUCAAUAUGAAUUUAUUACUUAAAGUAGGUCAUUUUAAUCAGAUUUUUAUGAAUAUUCAGAUGAUUUAGUGGUACACUUUUUUAUGUAUUUAUACUUUGUUUUGUUUUGUUUUUGUUUUGUUUUUGUUUUGUUUUUGUUUUGUUUUUGUUUUCCAAUUAUAAGAGGAUCAGGCUUAGAUAUAUAUGAAAUCUCUGGAAAUAUUGAGAUAUUAGAUCUAUAAACAAGACUCUUUAAUUUAAUUUAUUACCACACUGUUUUAUAACAUUUUUGUUCAAUGUGUGAAGACUAUCAAAUGAUACCCCAAGAAAUAAAAAAAAAAUGCCUGUCUUUUCCACCAGAGCUCCCUAGCUCUUUGAUGUUAAAUAGUGCCAAAAUAUUUUCUACAAAUAAUUAUGAUAAAGGAAAUCCAUUUUUAUAAAUCUAGUCAUUCUAAUUCCUAAGAGAACACUUGAUCAUGUGAUCUCUAUUAUAUAGUGUUAUUGACUGGUUUUUUCUGUAUUGGCCCUGUAAUAGAUUCGAGGUUAGCUGUAUUAGACCCAAGACUCGAAGAGUUGUUGGCCAAUACAGCUAAUGGAGAGUACAACAUAUACUACAUGACUUUUGUUUAAGUGUCAGGUUUCCAUGACAAUCUUUUAGUUAAUAGUUUCAAUAUUUUAGUAGAAUGCUCGUACAUGUAUCUUGAUUUUAGCUCUCAUAUCAUAUUGAUUACUGUAAAUUCAGAAAUUAUUGCGAGGUUUUUAUUAUUGCGAAAAAUGCGACAGACUUGUAAACGCAAUAAUUCAAACUCUCAUUUUGAAAUCAUUCAUAUGAAUUAAACAGGAUUUUUCUCAAAAUCAUUAUAAUUAAAAUCGCAUUUAAGUCUAAAAUGACAAAAUCAUAAUAAUAAAUGCACGCAAUAAUUUCUGAAUUUACAGUAUUAUGAAUUUCAAUUCAUUACAGCUGUCUAAUACAUCUGGUGUAGAUGCUAGACUUUGAUCUGUAGAUCUCGUCCCUUAUAACUCUAUAUGUUCACUGUAUAAAUAGUAUGCUUGUAAUACCUUUAAAAUUAUCUUUAGAAUGAGGUGAAAAUACAUUGUUUAAAUUGUAUCUGGACAGGACAAUAACUGAAGCAAUCAAUAUCAGAAGACCUCCACCUUCUGCCCUCGAACUAAUCUCCCUAUACACAGAUACUUUUGCAUAGGUACUAUUUCUGUACUAAAAAUUUGUAGUACUGGAAAUCUAUACUUUUUAUAUUCAGUACUAUUUUGUUACUUUAAAAUUAUUGUAAUAUUUAGCUACCUGUAUUUUAUAGUACUUAAUUUGUACUUGAAAUUUAGGGAUUACAGAUUUUUAGUUACUGCAGUUACAUUUUCAGCAUUUCGAAAGUUUUCUAUUUCAAAUCUCUUGAAAUUGUGAUUUUCAAACAUGGAAUAUUGUAUUAUUUCUGUACCAAAAUAUUUUGUUCAUUUCAAGUGCUGUAAAAUACAAGUACCUAAUUAUUACAAUAAUUUUAAAGAAAAGAUUUUUUUUUAGUAAAUUUCCAGUACUACAUAUUUUUAGUACAGAAAUUUUACCUAUGCAAAAGUAGCUGUGUAGAUUGGUAGAGAAAAUGAUUCAUAUCUUGCCAUGCAUUAUUAUAUGUGUAUGAAACACAGCUUUAUUACAUAAUUUUAGUUAGACUUCUCAGGUUUUCCAUAUAGUUAUGUUUUAUUGUUGUUAUUUUUAUUUUUUCCAUUAAUCAUUAAACACCAUUUUAUGUGCCAAGUAAAGUCUGAAAGCCAAAUCCAAUUUUCAAAAAAUCAAGGUAUUCAUGAAAUUUGCUUUAAUGAACUUAAUGUCUCUAUAGAGUUACCUAUAAAGUGGUAUGUUAAUUAAGAAUUGUAAAUUAUGUAUAAUAUAUCUUUCAUAAUACAUGUGUUAACCAUCCAGGAGUCCCACAGCUUGUAGAUGAAAUCAAUAAUGUAUAUGUUAACAUUUGAUACAUUAUAUUAACUGCAAUUUAUUCCAGAAUAUUUAGAAAAGAUAGAUAUUUGAACAUUUCUAUAGCUUAAAUAUAAUUAAUACUUUUACCAACCUCAGGGCAGGGCAGUGGUCAUUUAAAUGCCAGAUGUCAGUAUGUGUCUCUGUAUGUCCAGUCUUGCAUGCCCUGUCACUUGUACAUUCUUCACUGCUGUGAUCACCUCCAGUUUUUGGUGGGGUUUGUGUUGCUUUGUCUUAGGGGUCAUCCAUAAUUGUCAAUCAUUUUCCAAAGUGUACAAAACAUACAGUUUUUUUAACCCUCCACCCUCCCUCAAAAAGUGUACAUCAACCAUUUUUAGAUUCCUAGACAACAAUCAAUCAUUCUUAAUAAAAACAAGGUCCUGUCUUUUAAAGUUUAGUUUAAUAGAAAAAAUUGCUUUGAAAAUAAACUGAAACAUAUCUGACUUUAAAAAAAAAAGUGCAGAGUAAAAAUGUUGAUUGUUUAACCCCCUCCCCCAAGUGUAUGUUUUGUACACUUUGGAAAAUGGUUGACAAUUAUGGAUGACCCCUUUAAGUUUUGUAUGUUGUUUCUUGUGUACUAUAUUUGUCUGUUUCAUUUUUAGCCAAAGUGUUGUCAGUUUGUUUUUGAUCUAUUGAGUUUGAACGUCCUCUGAUAUUUUCAUCGCUUUUUGAUAUCAGCACUGUCUUGGAAGGAAUUUCAAACAUAAGUGCUGAUCAACUAUUUUCAGAAAAAAAAGUUAUGCUCCUUUGAAAAGUCAAUUAUAUUAAACAUUGCAAAGAAUUCAGUAUUAUGUUUGAGUAUUUCAUUUAAUACCUGGUAUAUUUUACCAAGGUCUCUGACAAGUAAGAAAAUCAAUGCUGAUCAAUCAUUUUAAAAAGUAAAAACACAAAAAUACUGAACUCCAAGAAAAUUCAAAAAGGAAAAUCCAAAAUAAAAAGGCAAAAUCAAAAGUCCAAACACAUCAAACGAAUG